GAACUACUCUCGAUUCGCCGACCGAGUGUUUCGUUGAGGCAAACAUCAACCUCUGAUAAACAUUAGAUAAGAUUCCUUUAUCAGCCACACCACCACCACCAUCAUCAUCGUCUACUUAUAUAUAUAUAUAGUUUUAUUUAAACUGUGACAGAUAUUUAGUUAUAUUUGUUUACACGAUCGAACAAAAUGUCUUCUGAGACGAAAUCCAAGUCAGAAUCGGCGGCGAACUGUGUGAAGGCUCGGGCUCUGCUACAACAGUGUUUGUCUGCGAGGUUGCUGGUCCAACCGAAAACCGAUGACAAAGAUGCAGAAUUUGUUGAAAUAGGUCGUGGUCUUAUAGCCUAUGUGUGCUUCAUGAAAGGAUCCAAUGAAGAAUUGGUUGACCGCAUGGUGAAAUCAAUUCUAAAUGUGAGACUGAGUGAAAAUGAGGCUGGGAAGCUUGUGUCAAUUAUGGACCUUCCAGGAGAUGUGUUGAUCAUUCCACAAGCAACUCUGGGAGGAAGCAUGAAAGGCAAAUGUAUGCAAUACCACAAGAAUAUUGCCAAAGAUGAAGGACAGUUGCUUUACACUCGUUUUGUCAAUAUAUGCCGGAACACAGUACAGAAGCAGAACCAAGAAUGCACAGUUCAGAAUGGUACUUAUGGUAAUCGGCAAGUUUUAAGCACUGUAACAAAUGGACCAUUCUCUCAUUUUCUUGAAUUUUCUUGAUUAAAAUUAAUAUUAUUUAAAACGUGUAA